AUGGCUCCCGACGUGGCGGCGAGCACGCUCGCCUCGCUGCCGCGCCUCGCUCAGCUCGUCAAGGCGGCGACCGGCGCGCCUGCUGUCAAGGUGCUGCAGAACAGCGGCGCCGAGGCCGGCCAGGAGGUGUUCCACGCGCACUUCCACGUCGUCCCGCGGUUCGGUAAGGGAGACUCGAGCGAGCCUGGACCGAUGCUGCCGGCCGAGGCGGCCGAGGCGACGCUGCCGUCAGAGGAGGGGAGGGGCGCAUUGGCGAGCGGUCGCUGCUCGACUCUCUGA